CACUGGACUUAAAAACAGGCACCGGUGGCGUAUAUAGGGGGCCGGCACGUGUCAAACCAGACUGCGUGAUUACAAUGGAUGAGAAAGUGUCCCUGGGCAUGUUUGAGGGCACCCUCGACCCGGCUAAGGCAUUCAUGGGUCAGAAAUUGAAAAUCCAGGGCAACCUAAUGGCCGCCCAUAAGUUCCAGCAAUUCUGGGCUGAGGAGGCCCUACACGGCUCGCUCCGACACCUCAACGAAAAACUAGCCCUUCAGUCAGCGGCUAAUACGGGAAAUGCCUGUCCGGUCGGUGGCGGUGCUAGUGUUGGACAUGGAGGUAGUGAUGGUGGCGGCCGUGGUGCUAGUGAUGAGGCACUGUUAGCCAGUAUACCAGUGGACGGCCUUAAGUCGGAUGUAGUGUUCAACACGAUUAGGACCCGACUGUCCGAAGAGCCAGAUUUGGUGAAAGCCAUGCGAUUUGUUAUACAGUUUAAUAUCACGAGGAAUGGGAAGGUAGUCGCCGUCUGGACUACCGACACCAAAGUGGACGGGGGAGAGGUGUAUAGGAGUGCCCCCAAAGUGAAACCCGACGCCAUAGUCAAUGUGGACGACGAGAACUACGUGAAGAUCCUAUUCGGUAAACUCAACCCACAGCGGGCAUUCAUGACGGGAAAGGUGUCGGUGAAGGGCAACAUACUGUUACUCCAGAAGUUGGACACCUUCUGGAACCAAGUCCAGGGCCAGCGAAAGGACCCGGAGAUGCCUAAUGUCAAGGACAUUAUGCUCAGCCAU